AAUGGGAUGUCUCCGCCAGCCUCAGGUCUCAUGCCUUCAGCAGAGGACUGGGACUCGGAGGGGCAGAGGCGCACCGCAGAAAGGUUUGCACAGCGGCCAUGGCGACAACUUUUUGAGUAGACAACACCGAAGAUCGUCAAACCCUUGACUAGAGACAACACGCAGACAAUCUUGCUCGUUCGCUGCCUUGAGACGUGAGCGCCGCUAGAUUAAAGUGCAAAAGUUGGCAUGUGGACCACACCGUCCGGCGCCGCCAAGUUUAAUGAGUUGAAAAGCUUGAGGGCAUAAGUAAAGAUGCAGGCUUUGGCCUGCUCCACCUCUGGCGCUAUCCCCAGCAUUGUUGGCAUUGCUUCUGGAGGCCUGUCCCUUCCCGAUGGCCAGUGUCGGGCGCAUUGGGGCGCGCGCUCCCAAAACUCUGAUCGCAUGCAGGGCGUUAGGGUUUGGAAGACGUCCCCCGGCAGGGGUGUCGGAGUUCAGUCCCCAGUAAAAUCCGGAAGCCUGCAAAACAGGGGCUUUGGAUUUGAACCUUUUAGGAACGCGCCACCGCAAGUGUUGCGAAAGCAAGGAGCUAGAUUCGUGAGGAAAUGGAAGGCUCCCAACGCUUCAAGACUAGAUGAAGAUCCAGACUGGGAGCGGAAGUCGUCGAACGGUUCCGCCUCAUCUAGUUCCAAUGGAAGCGUCGCGAAGUCGGUGGUUCAAGAACCAAAGCCCUUUGUUGCGCGAGAUGGGACUCCCAAGCCCGGCAUUGUCGUCGUAUCAUCCCCUGGGGAGAGGCUAUCCCCUCAGGACAGCGGGUUUGCGUCCCAACUCUCAUCAGACACUCGCCCCAAAAGCUCAUCUAGGGCGCCAGAUUAUGAGCAGCCGAGUCAAUCAGGAAAUGGCACCGGCGCCAGCUCAGCGGAGCGCUCGAAUGGGGUUGGGGAGAUUGCGUUUGCAAGCGGGCCGAUCAGCGAACAGAUCACGGACGCGCCAUCUUGUCCGAUGCCGAAUUUUGCGACGACGGCCACGCGGGUCACGCUGCUGCAGCCGGUGCCACUCCUCCCGAGCAGUGCUCAGAAGCCCGGUGUGAAUAAGCGCCCGCUGCUAAUUUAUGUUCCGGGGAUGGACGGCACAGGGCAGGGCAUCCGGCCGCAGAUUGAGGGGCUGUACACUGACGGGUACGACAUCCGAUGCGUAUACAUCCCAAGCAAUGAUAGGUCCACAUGGGGCGAGCUGGUCGACUCCCUUGUCCCACUCAUUGAACAGGCCGCCACGCUUGCGGUUUCCGACUUGACCUCCGCGGCUUCACUGGCCCCCCUUUUGCAGUAUGCACAUGGGGCGAAAGACAAGGACGUUGACGAGGCCCCCCCCCUUCCCACUCGCCACGUCACCCUCCUUGCCGAGUCCUUUGGCACGUGCCUGGCCCUUCGGGUGGCUGCCCGCGCUCCUUCCCUCAUCUCGCGCCUAGUUCUGCUGAACCCGGCCACGAACUUCGAUAAGAACAACUGGCUCGUCAGCCUGGCGGCUGCGACGGGGCUCUUGGCAGCAUUCCCCGGGCCUCUCUAUUCUUUCGCUCAGGACGUCAUGCUGCCACUGCUGGUAAAGCGCAACCGCGUGUCGGCUGACGCCAACAAGGACUUGCUGUCGCCCAUUGAUUACGUGCCCGCCGCAUGCGCUGCGUGGCGCCUGCAUAUGCUUAACGAGGGAACGCCCUCAACGGAGGAGCUCGCGAACUUGAAGCAGCCUGUUAUGCUGUUUGCCGGAGCCAAGGACCGUGUUCUGCCGUCGAUGAAUGAGGCGGCGCGUCUCCAGACCCAGCUUCCGAAUGCGUGGAGGGUCAUCCUCCCAGAAAGUGGCCACACCGCUCUCCUGGAAGACCACAUCAACAUUGCGUCCUUGAUGCGCAAGAACGGCUUCUCGCCCCCCCGCGCCGUGAGUCCUGAGAGAACUUCCGGGGGAACGCCCCGACUUGAAUCCCCGGCCAAUGGACCCUCCCCCCCGGAUCUGACCGACCUCGCAGCCCGCGACCCGGUUAACCCCGGGGUGGUUGCCGUUAACCCGGGGGUAAGCGGUGCGGCCAACUCCGAGAACCCGCGGGUUAGAGACGCGGUCGGCUCCGCAGCCGAAGUCCCCGCUGCUCGUGUGAGGGACGCCCAUGUCAAUGCUGACGUCAGCAGAAGUGACGUCAGCGGCCUAAGCUACGACUCCCCGGUCCCCCGGCGGCGGCGGGCGGCCGUGCCGGACGAGGUAUACGACGAGAUGGGGCGGUUAUUAGAGCCUUGGCGCAUAGUGACGUCACCGCUCGUCAGCGGGGCUGAGAAUCUGCCGGACCCGAGCGCGGAGCCGCGGCGGCCAAUUUUGUUUGUCGGGAAUCACACCAUUUUUGGGUUGUACGACUCGCCGCUCCUAGUUCACGAGUUGUUCAUGCGGGGCUUCCGGUGCCGGGGGCUCGCGCAUCCGGGGCACUGGCGCAGCGGAGCGGGGCAGCUUUUUGAGAGGUAUGGCAACGUGAAGGCGACGCCGUUUGCUGCGUACAAGCUGUUGAAGGAGGGCGAGGACGUGCUGCUCUUCCCGGGAGGCGCUCGGGAAGUCGUUAAGCGCAAGGGGGAGGAGUAUCAGCUGCAGUGGCGGGAGAAGGCCGACUUCGUGCGCAUGGCCAGCAGACUAGGCGCUAUCAUAGUUCCCUUUGGGGCGCUCGGGGGAGACGACGCGUACAAGAUCUUAUGGGACGGUCGGGACAUUCUCAGCUCCCCGGUGGGCCCGUUCGUCGAGGAGCUGUACAAAUCGGUCGGGUUGGAGGCGGACCUCGUAUAUCCGGUCACCCGGUUGCCAUUCCUGGGGCUGCCGAUACCUAGUCCUAUCCCCAUCCCCGCCAUCGAACGCAUCUACUUCCACUUCGCGCCGGCAGUUGACACCAGCCAGUACGCGUGCGAUCUGUCGGACGCCGACGCAUGUCAGGAUUUGUACGGGUUGGUGAGGCGGUCGGUGGAAGAGAGCAUCGCCCACCUCAAAGAAGUGCGAGCAAGGGACCCGGAGCGCAUGUUCCCUGCUCGGAUGUUGGCGAAGGCGUCGCGUUUGCUUCCAGAGUUCAGCCCGCGAGAAUAAGGAAGGUUUAGCGGCUGUUAUUUUACCAUGUUGACAUGUUGGGAACCGGUCAUAACGAGUUGAUUGUGCACAAAGACAAGCGCAAUGCCACUAUCUUUUUGCCGAUUUUGCACUGCGGAAUAAUCAGAUGUUGACGUUGGACUCUAAGAGAAUCGGAAUUACAGCAUCGAGUGCUUAAAUUUCGGCCUCUUGUUUCCCGCACGCUGUCAAACCACAUCUUGUCGAAGCAGAGUUGAUUAUUGUG